GGCCCGCAGGAAAUAGGGGCGGGCCGCGGGCCUAGCGUGGCGGGAGGUGGAGCAGGGAUGCGGCUGAGGCCAGAGUCCAGGAGGGCCUGGCUGCAGGGGAAUGAAGCCUCCCCCUUCUUGGGUAGAAGCCUUUAAAUACGGGCUUGGGCCCGGGACUCGGGGUGCGGCGCCUGGCAGCCUUAGAGGGGCGUGCGGUGAGGGCAGAUCAGACCGAGCAGGGCGCGAGUACAGAAGCUGCGGCUGCGCGGCCCAGAGCGAGGAGCUGUCCGAGCCGUCGGAAUAGGAGCGGUCGGUGCUUGGUCGUGGGCAUCUGUUACUGUUUAAUUUUUGGAAAUAUCUAAGAUGAUGUUUGAAGUUGAUGUAUCCAGCCAUAAGGUCUGUUGCCUUAGCUACUGGAUAAUUAGUUUUGGAACAGCCUGGUUUGCUGUGACUUUCCCAAAACGCAGAGUCAUGUUUGAAAUUAAGAAGAUCUGUUGCAUCGGUGCAGGCUAUGUUGGAGGACCCACGUGUAGUGUCAUUGCUCAUAUGUGCCCUGAAAUCAGGGUAACGGUUGUUGAUGUCAAUGAAUCAAGAAUCAAUGCAUGGAACUCCCCUACACUUCCUAUUUAUGAGCCAGGACUAAAAGAAGUGGUAGAAUCCUGUCGAGGAAAAAAUCUAUUUUUUUCUACCAAUAUUGAUGACGCCAUUAAAGAAGCUGAUCUUGUGUUUAUUUCUGUGAACACUCCAACAAAAACCUACGGAAUGGGGAAAGGCCGUGCAGCAGAUCUGAAGUAUAUUGAAGCUUGUGCUAGACGCAUUGUGCAGAACUCACAUGGGUACAAAAUUGUGACUGAGAAAAGCACAGUCCCAGUGCGGGCAGCGGAAAGUAUUCGCCGAAUAUUUGAUGCAAACACAAAACCCAACUUGAAUUUACAGGUGCUAUCCAACCCUGAGUUCUUGGCAGAAGGAACAGCCAUCAAGGACCUGAAGAGCCCAGACAGAGUGCUGAUUGGAGGGGAUGAAACCCCAGAGGGCCAGAGAGCUGUGCAGGCACUGUGUGCUGUGUAUGAGCACUGGGUUCCCAGAGAAAAGAUCCUCACCACUAAUACUUGGUCUUCAGAACUUUCCAAACUGGCAGCAAAUGCUUUUCUUGCCCAGAGAAUUAGCAGCAUUAACUCUAUAAGUGCCCUCUGUGAAGCAACAGGAGCUGAUGUAGAAGAGGUGGCAACAGCCAUUGGAAUGGACCAGAGAAUUGGAAAUAAGUUUCUGAAAGCCAGUGUUGGUUUUGGUGGGAGUUGCUUUCAAAAGGAUGUUCUGAAUUUGGUUUAUCUCUGUGAGGCCCUAAAUUUGCCUGAAGUAGCUCGUUAUUGGCAGCAGGUCAUAGACAUGAAUGACUACCAGAGAAGGAGGUUUGCUUCCCGGAUUAUAGACAGUCUGUUUAAUACCGUGACUGAUAAGAAGAUAGCUAUUCUGGGGUUUGCAUUCAAAAAGGACACUGGUGAUACAAGAGAGUCGUCUAGUAUAUAUAUUAGCAAAUAUUUGAUGGAUGAAGGUGCACACCUCCAUAUAUAUGAUCCGAAAGUACCAAGGGAACAAAUAGUUGUGGAUCUUUCUCAUCCAGGAGUCUCAGAGGAUGACCAAGUGGCCCGGCUUGUGACCAUUUCCAAGGACCCCUAUGAAGCAUGUGAUGGUGCCCAUGCUGUUGUUAUUUGCACUGAGUGGGACAUGUUUAAGGAACUGGAUUAUGAACGCAUUCAUAAAAAAAUGCUGAAGCCAGCCUUUAUCUUUGAUGGACGGCGUGUCCUGGACGGGCUCCACAAUGAACUACAAACCAUUGGCUUCCAGAUUGAAACAAUUGGCAAAAAGGUGUCUUCAAAGAGAAUUCCAUAUGCCGCUUCUGGUGAAAUUCCAAAGUUCAGUCUUCAGGAUAUACCGAACAAGAAACCCAGAGUAUAAACAUUGCCAUUUUUAUCUGUAAUUUUUUUGGUACUUUAGGAUAGCAAAUAUUUAUCUGAUAUUCAGUGGUAAAUGAACCAAGUGCUUUUAAGGAAACAAAACUAUUUUUUUAAUAAUCACAUUUAUACUAGUUGUAUGGGAAUCAGCAUAUCUGGUAAUUAUCAAACUAGAAUAUUUUUUACAUAUUUUUAUAAUAUUGUUACCUCAGUGAUUGGAUGAGUAGCAAAUAAUCAUGUUGGUUUUAAUGGUGUUGAUUUUUGUAAAAUUAAACUUUAAACACUUUUUACUUUAUAAAAUGUCUUUAGGCAGCAGUUUAAUAUCACAUUUUAAUGGGAAUGGCACUCGUUUUUCUGAUCAUCGGUUUAUUUACUUGUCAUUAAGUAUGUAUUUUAAACCAUAAAAUUGCUAUAUUAAAUACUAAGCUACACCUGUUGACUUUUCCAAAGUGUCAUGGAAAUUUAGAGAUUUCUGGAUUAAUUGAGUGAGGUGGCCUCCACUGCCAUUUCCUGUCUCUCUGAACUUAGAAGGAUGCAAUGGGCAGAAUGAGGUCCAACUUUUCCCCCCUGUGCUUCCACAUUAGAACUGACCCUACAAGUAUCAUUUGGUUAUUGUUCCUUUGCUCCUUUUGUUUUAAUGAACUGCAUCGUUUUUUUCCUUAGUCCAAAAAGAUCAUCACUGCCCAUUUCCAAUCAAUCAGUAAGACUAAAAGGCAGUUUUUUUUAACAUGAGAAGAUCAUGUGGUGAAAUGAAAAUUUACUUCAGACCUCUUCACUUCUCAUUUAUCCUCACAGAUCAUUAGUUUUUUAGUCCAAGAGCCAGAAAUAUUUGUUACCUUUACUUUGCGUUUUAUUCCUGUAAUUCACUGCAGUUUCCCCCUUUGCCUUUAAGUAAUAAAAACAGUAUAAUCUCAUGUAUAAACUUAAAAAAGUAGAUAUUACAAGUUAUGUAUGGCAUAAUCCUGAAAUAAGAAAUUUUGUGUUUUCAUCUGCUUUUUUUCUUGUCUCUUGUUGACUUUGAUUUUCUCUUGUGUUUAUCAUUAUUGAAAUAUGUCAGAUGUCCCUUUGAUGCUUGUGCUCCGCUGAGAGUGUACAAAUUGUAUUAAACAGAUGCAAGCCUCAUCCUUUAGGAAUUUUGCGGUUCAGUAAGAAUCUACAGAGAUAAAGAUGAGGACAGAGACAUCUGUACAGAUAUCAAAUAUAUAAAUAAAAUACUCUGUAUCAGCCA